AACUGAGAAGUAGUCGAGGAUGAAGACUCUCAACAAGCAUAUGUUAGUCGCUUGCGCCACUUUCUCCAUUAUACAUCUUGUUAUGUCUCAAAAUCAACAAGGUUUUAUCAGUUUGGAUUGUGGAUUACCUUCUAACGAGCCUCCUUAUAACGAACAAUUCACCAACUUAACAUACAUAUCUGAUGCCAAUUUCAUCCAAGGAGGAAAAACUGGUUAUAUCCAAAAUAACUCAGAGACAGUCUCUGUCUCAAAGCCAAACAGGGUUUUGAGAUACUUUCCUGAUGGAAUAAGAAACUGCUAUAGUCUAAGUGUCACACAGGACACCAAGUAUCUAAUCAGAACCGUAUUUGUAUACGGCAACUACGACGGUCUUAACAGUCCUCCACGAUUUGACCUUUAUCUUGGUCCUAAUAUUUGGACAUCCUUAGAUCUAAAAAAUUCGGGUUUAAGUGAGACUGAAGAGAUCAUUCACAUCACAAGAUCUAACAGUUUAGAUAUAUGUUUUGUUAAGACAGGGACAAGUACACUCCUGAUAUCAGUCAUAGAACUAAGACCCUUGCCGUAUCAUACUUAUACUACUCGAACUGGUUCCUUGAGGACGUUAGCACACCUCUACUUCAGCUAUUCAGACAAAAUUAUAAGUUAUCCCAAGGAUGUGUAUGAUCGUAUUUGGCAACCAUAUUUCCAACUGGAGUGGACUCAAAUAACCACAACACUGAAUGUAACUGACUCUUCUAAUGGCUAUGCCCCACCAAGAGAUGCAAUUACCACCGCCGCCAUACCGACUAAUGCCAGUGAGCCUUUAACUAUUAUCUGGAGUUUGGAAACCUCCGAUGAUGAAACGUAUGGUUACCUUUACUUCGGCGAGAUCCAACAACUGCGGGCCAAUGAAACUAGAGAAUUUAACAUUGUGGCGAAUGGUAGAGUUGUCUACGAUUCUUAUAGUCCUAUGAACUUUGAAGCAGACACUGUAUUCAACCACGCAUCGUUUAAAUGUGAAGGAGCUGUAUGUCGUUUACAGCUGUUCAGAACACCCAAGUCAUCUCUUCCACCUCAAAUGAAUGCCAUGUGGAGAUUUUUAGCGCCAUAUAUUUUCCACAAUCAGAGACAAGUAAAGAUGAUGUUAUUGCCAUCAAAAACAUCCAAUCUACUUAUAAUUUAAGUAGAACCAGCUGGCAGGGCGAUCCAUGCGUCCCAAAACAAUUCUCGUGGAUUGGUUUAAGCUGCAACGUUAUGGAUACCUCCACAGCACCAAGAAUCAUAACACUGUAAGAGCAUUCAAAUUAAACACUGUUUUCAAAUUAAAAUGUAUCUUUUUUUUUUUUGCUAAACAAUUAACAUGUAUCUUGAUAUUAUAUAUGUGGUAUUUUGCUCAAAAAAAAAAUAUAUGUGGUAUAUAUCUUCUUUUAUUUUUUGAAAAAAUAUGUGGUAUAUAUAUAUCUCUAACCAUGCAAACAGAGAUCUGUCUGAAAGUGGAUUAACUGGAAUGAUACAAAAUCUAAGCCAGCUUCAAGAACUGGAUUUAUCGAAUAACAAUUUGACUGGAGAAGUGCCCGAGUUUCUAGCCAAAAUGACAUCCUUAUUGGUCAUAAACUUAAGUGGAAACAAUCUUAGAGGUUCUGUUCCUCAAUCCCUUCUCAAUAGAAAAAAGGAUGGAUUAAAGCUAUCGUAAGAAUUUUUUUAACAGAUUAUCUUCUUUUAAUUAUAAUUUCCACUCUUUUCUUUGAAAUUUAUGUCAUGUUUUCAUUAUAUGCGAUAUACAUAUGGUAAUUGUUUUAUGGAGACGGAGACUACUUGGCUGUUGUCACUUC